AACGAUUGCAGAUGGAGAGCGGGACGUCCUGAGAGAGAGAUGUCCGUGGUAUCGCUGUGGGUCGGAAAUGACUCGAUGGCUUAAGACAAUGCAUAGAGAAUAAGAAAAGCUGAGACCCAUGAGGUGAUAUCAUCUGCAGUGAGGCAGAUCUUGGAGUUAUGCUGUUCUCUUCCACUGCUGUGGCUGAUUCCUGGAACACGCUGGGAGAGAUGGAGCCAAAGAGUUUUAGAAGAGCACUUAAAGAAGCUGAUUCUUAUCCUGAAAGCUGCAAAUGGAGAGGAGCGGAAGAUGUGAGGAGCGACAUUUGAGGGAAACUUACGGGUCCUGGAAAGCCUGCCAGGAGGGACAGGGUAGCAACCCCCAGCCAAGAUGCCCGAACCAGCUCGCCCGACGGUAUUUAUGCUGGAGACGACGGACAGCAGUCCAGAGGAGAGGGCCAACGCCAGUGCCCGACCAGAAGGGAAGGGCAGAAAGAAUGAACUACCGCCUAUGGAGUCUGCCUUCCAGAAGGAGAACAGCGAUUUUACUCCUAGUAUCCGGGUCAAUGUGAAUUACCACCCAAGCAACCAGCAGGACCCAAACCGCUUCGACAGAGAUCGGCUCUUUGGAGCUGUUGCCAGGGGAGAUCCAGAGGAGCUGGAAGGUCUGAAGGAGUAUCUGCAACGGACCGGAAAAUUCCUCACCAAUUCUGAAUAUAAAGAGGCAAACACGGGAAAGACCUGCCUCAUGAAAGCCUUGCUGAACCUCAAGGCCGGGGAGAAUGCCACCAUCCUGCCGCUGUUGCAGAUCGACAGAGAGUUGGGCAACCCGUUGCCACUGGUCAACGCCACGUGCUAUGAUGAGAAUUACCGAGGGCACAGUGCCCUGCAUAUCGCCAUAGAGAAGAGGAGCCUGACUUGGGUGAAAGUCCUGGUGGAGAAUGGAGCAAAUGUCCAUGCGAAGGCUGAUGGGCAGUUCUUCCAAAAGAGCAAAGGAAUUUGCUUCUAUUUUGGUGAGCUCCCUCUCUCACUGGCUGCCUGUACCAAGCAAUGGGAUGUGGUGGAAUUCCUGCUGGAGAACCCGCAUCAGCCAGCCCGUCUCGAGGAGGGCGACUCCCAAGGCAACACAGUGCUCCACGCCUUGGUUAUGAUCGCCGAUAACUCCAAGGAGAACACUUCGCUAGUGAGCGCCAUGUACGACGACAUCCUCAGGGCCGGAGCCAGGAUCUGCCCCUCCAUGAAGUUGGAGGACAUCCCAAACAACCAAGGCCUGACGCCUCUGAAGCUGGCAGCCAAGGAGGGCAAGAUAGAAAUCUUCAAGCACAUCCUGCAGAGGGAGAUGAGUGGGGAAUACCAGCACCUCUCCCGCAGGUUCACCGAGUGGAGCUAUGGGCCAGUCCAAGCAGCUCUGUACGACCUGUCAUCUGUGGACAGCAGUGAGGACAACUCCGUGCUGGACAUCAUUGUGUUUGGCUGCAGAGCACCGAACCGGCACAAAAUGGUGGUUCUGGAGCCACUGAACAAACUGCUGCAGGAGAAAUGGGAGUCCCUUGCUAUCCGGUUUUACUUCAAUUUUGCUUGCUAUGUGAUAUACAUGAUGAUCUUCACGGCGGUGGCCUAUCACCAGCCUGUCCUGGGGAAGACCUUUCUACCCCUGAAAGCAACGGCUGGGAACUCCAUGCUGUUAAUGGGACAUAUCCUUAUCCUGUUUGGUGGCUUCUACCUCUUCUUUGGCCAGCUUCGUUACUUCUGGAAGAGACACCGGUUCCUUUGGAUCACGUUUGUCGACAGCUACUUUGAGAUUCUCAUCCUGGUCCAGUCACUCACCACCGUGGUAGCCCAAGUGUUGUGUUUCAUGGAACUUGAGUGGUACCUACCCGUGCUGGUAUUCUCCUUGGUGGUGGGCUGGGUGAACACGCUCUACUACACCCGUGGCUUUGAGCCAACUGGCAUCUACAGUGUGAUGAUACAAAAGGUCAUCCUGAGAGAUCUGCUCCGCUUCCUCCUCAUCUACUUUGUCUUCCUGUUUGGCUUUGCAGUAGCUUUGGUCAGCCUUACCAGAGAAGCCCUGCCACUCCCACCCCUCAACACAUCCCUGACCCAUCCCGAGGUGGGUGGCGGCAACGACGAUGAUGGCAAAACCAGCUAUAGCAGCAUGUUUGCCGCUUCUCUGGAGCUCUUCAAGUUCACCAUUGGCAUGGGCGAGCUCGAGUUCCAGGAGCACCUGAGAUUCAAGGGCUUUGUCAUGUUUCUGCUGCUGGUCUACGUGCUCCUCACCUACAUCCUCCUGCUCAACAUGCUCAUUGCGCUGAUGAGCGAGACGGUCAACAGUGUCUCCACUGACAGCAAGAGCAUCUGGAAGUUGCAGAGAGCCAUUGCUGUCCUGGAGAUGGAGAUGGGCUACUGGUGGUGCCGGCGGAAGAAGAAGCGGUCGGGCACCUUCCUGACUGUGGGCGUGACCCCAGACCAGAAGACGGAUGAGCGAUGGUGCUUUAGGGUGGAGGAGGUUAACUGGGCCAUGUGGGAGAGGGAACUGCAGGCCUUGAAAGAGGAUCCUGGGGAUUGCCGUGACCUGGUGAAAAAUCCCACAGGCAAAGCCUGGAAAAGAUUGUUAUCGACGCAGAGGCCAGAAGACUCAACACCAGAGGAGGACCAGCCCUUGAGACCUUGACCGUCUGCCUCUCUAGCCCAGGAUAGAGCAGGCAACAUGUUCAGUUCUGGUACCUUCAAGCGAUGGUUGGGCCCAGUGGAAGUUUACCAGUAUUGACCCAGGUCCUGUAAAAGAGAAAUUUUACCCACUCUCACCUCCAUGGCCUGGGCGUCUUAUUCCAGGGCAGACUGUUAAAUCUUUUUCUCUGAAGGAAAAUUACUCAUGAUCAAUUCUUCCUGUGAUGUAGUGCAUUGGUGUGUGUUGCAGUCAAACAUUUCUCAGAGAGCUCUAGUGGGUCCUGGGAAGGUUACAGAAGAAGGGUAAGUCAUGGGCCUUGCCCUAUGGGGCUCAAAAUCUAUGGGAGGGACAAUCAUCCCUGUUCCCAGGAAGAAACAAUAGCUGUACAAAAUGCCUUCUAACACUUUGGACAAUACUCCCCAACACUUUGGACAGUACUCUGCACUUAAUAAAUGCUCACUGAAUGCUAUUGAUUGAAGCAAAGUACAAAUGUUAGGAUUAUGGAAUUCAGUCUCCUAUCUGCAGCCAGGUAAAUGAGGAAACCAUCUAGAAAGUAGUAAUAGUAAUUACUAAGCACUUCCUCUGUGCAAAGCAUUGUACUCUAGCACUGGGAGAAAAGUCUACAGAUGAGAUGUAGACAUGGUCCCUGGUCCCCAAAGGUUUCUUAGUCUGAGAUGGGUGGCUGUCUUCCUGAAUGUUCUUUAGGGAUGCAGAUUUUCCAACCUUUCUUGCUAGCUUGAUAAAGGAUUUAGCAUCCCGAUUGUCUAGUUAUUUGUCCUCACAUCUUACCUAAAUCUAUCCUGCUUAAAUGAAGCCCAUUUACACCCAUCUGAGGAGAGGGAAUUAGUCAGUGACCACCUUUUAAAAUUCUUCAAACGAUUGAACAUGCACUUCUGUUUUCCAGACCAAACAGCCUAGUUCCUUUUUCCUUUCUUCACAAGGUCCAUUUUCUAGCCCUUUAAUCACUUUUGACAUGUGUUUUAAAGAACAGUAGCCCUAACUUGUCCCAAUUUUCUUAUAGGCCUACAGAGUGAAUGAUGGCACUGUAUUGCUGACUUAUAUAGAGUUGUUGAUCAACUAUGACCUUAGGAUUUUUUUUCUACACUACUUCUGUCUAGUCAGCCAUCCUCCUCUUGAAUCUGUGCAGUUUAUUUUUUCAGUUUCUAGGAGGCUCCCUUGUACCUGUUCCUACUGAGGUCCUAAGUCUUAAAGGGCACUUUUUUUAUCUUUUUGUCUGAGUCACUUUAAAUUGUAUUUUUGCAUUCCAGGGUGUUGACACCAUGCCCAGUUCAAUAUCACCUACACGUCUGGUAUGCCUGACCUUGACUCCUUUGUCUACAUCAUCAGAAAAGAUAUUCAUGAAAAAAGAUAGCCUGAGGGGUAAUCCUUGGAAAACCACUUGAUAUAUAUGUGGUACCUCUGUUGGAAAUAAACAUACAGAUGGUUUGUACA